UAAAUCAAAAUUUACAAGAAUGGUAUCCAACAAGUGAAGAACAAAGAAAAAUUAGUCAAUUAAUAAUCUUGCUCGAACCUAUGGAAAAAGAAACCCAAUUCUUAUGUGCUACAAAUUAUCCAACAUUGGCCCUUAUUCGACGCG